AUGACGUGGACGUGCCCGGCGUGCACGCUUCUCAACCCAAACGAGGCGAUGGUCUGCGAGGCUUGCGAGGGCCCUGGGCCCGGCGCCUCGGCCUUUGCGACGACCGGCGCCGUCGUCUGCAAGGGCUGCCAUCAACCCAUUCGGCGCGGCGCGGGCAUGCUCCAGGCGCUAGGGCGCAGCUACCAUCCCGAGUGCUUUCGCUGCGGCGCGUGCCAGCGCGUCUUUGAGGCCAACACGCGCUUUCAGGUGCACGAGGAUGAGCCGUACCACGCGGCCUGUUUCCAAGAGCUUUUUCAUCCGCGCUGUGACGUCUGCAGCGAGCUCCUUCCCAUGAACACGAGCCAGCACAUUGUGUACCGCGAGAUGCCGUUCUGGCGCCUCAAGUACUGUGGCAUCCACGACCAGCGCGCCCGCUGCUGCAGCUGCAAGCGCAUCGAGCCGACAGCCAGCCAUCGUCGGUUCGAGUCGCUCAGUGACGGCCGCAAGCUCUGCCCAGGAUGCGCGGAGACCGUCAUCCUCGACACGUCCGAGGUCCAACCCGUCGUCGCCCACGUCUGGUCGUUCCUGGCAUCGCUUGGCAUGCACUUGCCUGCGCUGCCCGUGCUGCUCGUCGAUUUCGAGACACUCAACGCCCACACGCACGACCACCACGCCAACUUGCCCCGCGACGCAAUGGCACCCGCCAUCUACGGCGUCUGCCUCUCCGAGGUCCGCUACAUUCGGCACAUUGCCCACCGGGGCGCCACGGAGCGCAUGCAGCUCGGCGAUCGGCGGGUUAAUGCGAUUUUGAUUUUGCACGGACUGCCGUACGACAUGACGGCGCACAUUUUGGCCCACGAAGCCACACACGCGUACUUCAAGCUGCACCCGGAAUUCCCCUCGCACUUGUCGCCCCAGGUGGAGGAAGGAGUCUGCCAGCUCCUCGCCUAUCUGUACCUCGAGUUUAUGAACGUGACGAACGCGCCGGGCAAUUACCGCGCGACGCUGCGCGGUUGCUACGUCUACCACCUGCUGCACGACCCGAGCCCGAUCUACGGCGACGGGCUUCGCGCCGCCCUCGCUGCGUACAACCGCCACAACUCGCUCCAAGCCGUGCUCGACCACGUUCGCGCCAACACGCUAGAAACCAUUUAA